AUGGCAGACUCCUCCUCCUCUUCUUCUUCGGAGGAGACGCCAUCCGAAACCGUGGCCGCGCUGUUUCCUAUUUUCCUCGUCGCCAUUCUUUCCUGUUUCCUCUUUCCAAUCACGUUGUACAGAAUCGGCCGUCGAUUUGGACUUUUCAGCCUCAUCGCCGGAGAGGAGGAAGACACAAAAACGAAAGGAGGAGGAGGAGGAGGAAAAGAGACGACGAUAAAGACGAAGACAAACACGAUGGAAAAAAAGAACGACAACAUUUCUCAAGACAUUCAAAUCAAAGCCAAAGACUCUUUGUGGGCGAAAUCGUUCGAACAAUCGGUCCACCAAUCGCGACAGUCGAUGAAAAGACAGAUGUUUUUCAGCGGGUGGAAUUUAGCGAUCGUUCUCGGAUGGAUUCUUUUCUUCCUGCUCUUAUUUUGGGCGAAAUCCAUGCAAACCGAGGAGAAGAGGUUUGAUCCGUACGAUAUUUUAGAGCUCUCGAUCGGGGCGACGCCGUCGGAUAUCAAAAGAGCGUACAGGAAGAUGAGUUUGAAGUACCACCCUGACAAAAACUCAGAUCCAGAGGCGAUUAAGUUUUUUACGGAAUCGGUGGCGCCGGCGUAUAAGACGUUGACGAACGAUAUCGCGAGAGAAAACUUUGAGAAGUACGGACAUCCAGACGGGAGACAGUCGACGAAAUUGGGCGUGGCGUUACCGGAGGAAUUGUUCGGGAGAGGGCGAUUCGAAGGAUUGGCGCCGUUUGUGUUACUCGGGAUGGUUUUGGUGACGAUUUUGUUGCCGUUGAUUGUUAUUGUGAGGAUCUUGAUGAAGGGCGAUAAGUACGCGCACACCGGCGUGGACGGGAAGAAAGUUUUGAGGCAAACGCAGAGUAAUUUUGGGCAGAUGUUGAAACCAAUGAUGAAAUUGACGGGAGUGCCUGAGUUGGUUUCAGUCGCGCAAGAGUUCGUGGAGAUGGAGUAUAAAGGAGAGAAGUUGAACGAGAGUUUGAGCGAGGUUUUGAAACAGUGCAGGAACGAAAUUGGAGGUGGAGAGCUGGCACAAAAGUUUGUGAGAAGGAACCCGAGCGUGGUGAGGACGCACGCGCUGCAGUUGAUGCACUUGUUGCGACGAGGCGAGGAGGUUCCGAAGGAGUUGAUGAAGGAUUUCGAUUUCGUGGUUAGAAAUGUGCCGAGAUUCAUCGAUCAAAUUUUGCAAAUGUUGUUGCAAACGAGCGGGAACCCAAGAGCAGGAUUCACCGCGGUGAAACCAACGCAGAUGGUGUUGGAGUAUUCGCAGUUGUUCACGCAAGCGGUGCCGAUUACGUUGAAGAAGUCUACGAGCAGCGGUUCCACCGCGUCCUCGGGGAGGGUAGGAUCGAUCGCAAACAGCGAGGACGGCGGCGCGGCAGGUUUGUUGCAGCUGCCGCAUUUUACCGAGAAGGAGUGCGCGAAGAUCCGUAAGAAAGCGAAAUCGUUGGCAGAACUGAGGGAGAUGCCGAAAGAGGAACGAUCGGCGGCUUUGGAAAAGUUUGCAGAAUUUGACGAAAACAAAAGAGCGGACGUGGAGACGAUCAUGAACAUUAUCCCAAAAGUGGUCAAGUUUGAGUGCGAGAUUUUCGUGGAAGGCGAGUCUCCUUCGUCGUCGUCGACCGCGGUUGACCAAGCUGGAAACGACGGAGUGAUUGCCGGUGGAAUGAAACAACAACAACAAAAACAGCAACAACAAAAACAACCGCUCAUUUUGGAAGACGAUAUCGUCACUGCGCGAGCUUCGGUACAAAUUUCGCGCGGAGGGGGACCUUUAGGCGAAGCUGAUUUGCCGCCCGUUCCGUUCGGUCGAGGCACAAAGAAACCAGAGUCGUGGUAUUUACUCGUCUGUGAUCCGUUAGCAAACUUAACUUUGGCGAUGAAGAAAUUGACAAAGGCUGAGAAAUUGGCGGCGGAAACGGGAGACGAGCCGGCAAAAAUUGCCGUCAAAUUUAUGGCUCCACCGGCAGCGCUGUAUUCCGUCACGUUUGCGUUAGUUUCAGACUACUGGAUAGGUGUCGAUAAGAAACAAAACGCGAAGUUUAAAGUGAGUAAACGAACUCCCGAGUCGGAAAAGGAGAGAGAUUCGACGUCGAGCAACAAGAAGAGGAAGGGAGCCGCUGCGAGCAAGAGUAAAGGGGCGGCGUUACCUCCGGCAGAGGCAGCAGCUACAGCUUCGGAAGCGGCGAAAACGGCAGCAGCGGCAUCAGAUUCGACGACCGCUGGUAAAGGAGAUUCCCCGAAGAAGGAGCGAGGCGCUAAAAAAGAAGAAGGAAUCGUCGCAAGCGAGGACGAGAUAGAUUCGGAAGGCGACGAAGAAAGCGACGACGACGACGACAACGACGGACAUCACGACCCGAACUAUCCUUCCGAUGAAACAGGAACGGAGGAAAGUGAUAACGAGAAGUUAGAAGCGUACGUUCCAAAGCAACAGCAGAAAGAGGAGCGCCCGAAGCAAGAGCGUCCGACGAUGGCGGCGUCAGCUGCGUCGCCGGAGAAAAAGGAAAAGGCGAAGGAUUUAGGAAAAGAAGAAGAAGCGAAGAAAGAGGAAGUCGUCGCGGAAAACUAG